CAGUCAUUCCUCAUACCCAGAGUGACAGAAGAACAACUAACGAUACGCUCAGCCGUGGGUAGAUAGCAACUCGCUUCCACCGCGGCUUCUUUUGCUGAAUAAAGAAACCAACUGUGAGUCCAUAUUUGGUCUGACCGACCGACACUCAAUCCACCUCAUUUCAUCUCACGUGCUUUGCAGCCUCAGUGGGGCUGAAACCGGUUCAACAUGGCGGAAAAUACGGAAGCCAGCAAGAGCCUGCCGGAGAGAGUCAAGGACAAGGUUGAAGGUCUUGUCGCAGAGGCAAAGCCCAAGAAGGAAAAACCCCCCAAACAACCCAAAGCACCGAAAGAGCCAAAGCCUCCACAGGCCAAAGCCCCCAAACCAGCCAAAUCAGAGCCAGCAGCUCCCCUGGACCCCGAGGCCAUGUUCAAAGAAGGAUGGCUUGCUGCGGUGAGGAAAGAACGAGCAGCGGACGAAAGCGUCGUCACUCGAUUUCCUCCCGAGCCCAAUGGAUACCUCCACAUCGGACACAGUAAAGCCAUCGCCAUCAAUUUUGGGUUCGCCAAGUUCUGGGGAGGAAAGUGCAAUCUGAGAUACGACGACACGAACCCCGAAGCGGAGGAAGAAGUCUACUUCACCGCCAUCGAAGAUAUUGUUCGGUGGCUUGGUUUUGACCCCGCUGCCAUCACAUAUUCUAGUGACUGUUUUGAUCGGUUGUACGAGUUGGCAGAGAAGCUCAUCACCCUUGAUGGAGCUUACGUGUGUCACUGUACCGAUGAACAGCUAAAGGAUCAACGAGGCGGGACUGAUGUGAAGAACAAGCAUGAACGAUAUGCUUGCCCUCACCGAGAUCGACCAAUUGAGGAGUCUUUGACCGAGUUUCGAGCGAUGAGAGACGGCAAGUACAAGCCUCGAGAAGCCUUUCUGCGCAUGAAACAAGAUCUCACCGACGGAAACCCACAGAUGUGGGAUCUUGUCGCCUACCGUAUUUUGGAGAAACCCCACCAUCGAACUGGAGAUAAGUGGAGGAUUUACCCGACAUACGACUUUACGCAUUCUCUCUGUGACAGUUUUGAAGGGAUCACACACUCUCUGUGCACUACAGAAUUCAUUCUCUCCCGAGUGUCAUAUGAAUGGCUCAACAACAAGGUGGAUGUUCCUCACAAGCCUAUGCAAAGAGAAUACGGCCGUCUCAAUGUGACGGGCACUGUUCUCUCGAAACGAAAGAUCAAGAAAUUGGUGGAUGACAAGAUCGUCGAUGGCUGGGAUGAUCCAAGACUGUACACUCUCGUGGCCUUGCGUCGAAGAGGUAUCCCACCUGGUGCCAUUCUGUCAUUUGUCAACGAACUCGGAGUGACCACAGCCAAGAUCAACAUUCAAAUCGUUCGCUUUGAGCAAUCGGUUCGAAAAUAUCUGGAACAAACGGUCCCUCGAUUGAUGGUUGUGCUGGACCCAGUGCCCGUGAUUCUCGAUGAUCUGCCUGAUGAUCAUUAUGAGGAGUUUGAAAAUGCCUUUGGACCCAAAGAUGUGGACAUGGGGUCACACAAGCUUCCAUUUACAAAGACAGUCUACAUCGAAAGAGAUGAUUUCCGAGAGGUUGAUAGCAAGGAUUUUUUCCGAAUGGCACCAGGAAAGCCUGUCGGACUCCUCAAGGUGCCAUAUCCGAUAAUUGCCACCAGCUUCAAGAAAGACGAGACUACUGGACUGGUGACGGAAAUUCAUGCCAAGUUCGACAAACCAGCGGAAGGAGAGAAGGUCAAAAAGCCAAAAGCCUAUAUUCAAUGGGUUGCUAAAUCCCCGGAACAUAAUUCGCCCAUUCCAGUUGAGGCUCGAGUGUUCGGGCCCCUCUUCAAAUCGGAUAAUCCUGACGCCGUGGAACCCAACUUCCUAGCAGAUCUACGUGACGACAGCCUGAAGGUUUAUCCCGAUGCGGUGGCAGAGGUGGGCCUUAAGGAAGUCCGGGAGCGAGCACCAUGGCCUGAAGAAGCUGGUGAGACCAAAACGAAAGCUGGGUUUGAGUCGGUCAGAUUUCAAGCCAUGAGAACUGGAUACUUCUGCCUGGACAAGGACACGGAAACCGGUGGGAAGAUUGUGCUGAAUCGGAUUGUUGCUCUGAAGGAGGAUACCGGAAAAGCAGCCUAAGGUAGUGGCCGUUGUUCGUGAUAGGGAGGACCUUUCGAUUAGCUAGCUAAAUGAUAGACAUGAUAUUAUGGACUAAAGACCAUCACAUGUGGAAGUGAUGUCAAAUCAA